CAUUUGUGGAACGGAUUAGAAGGCAGCGUUGCGUGAAAAGCGGGCUUCUUGGUAAAGAGCCGAAUUUAUGCAACCGAAAUACAAAAAUAAUACAAUACUGUUUUUCGGUCGUGCCGUUCAGUGAGUGCAUACUUGUGACCCGAUAUUGUCGCACUAUCGGAUCGGCUCGUGCGGUUAACGGGAUGUGUGACAGAUUAGUUUUAGUUUUCGCCACGGCGAUUGCAGCAAGCUUGGUCAGCGGCUCUGCAGCUAAAUUAGCACCUGAUUUCAUCCAUCCGUGCAACGAUACCACACCAGCAUGUCUAAUACAAGCCACAAAAGACGCUAUACCGGAGUUCUCGAAAGGUCUACCUCAUCUUGGGGUGCCAUCACUUGAUCCGUUUAUCAUUGAGGAGCUGCCUAUUCAAUUACCAGGAAUCAAAGUCACGUUUUAUGGUGGAAAAGCGACGGGUUUGAGGAAUUGCGAAGUUUUGAAUGUCGAAGCUUACCUUGAGAAGAACGUUUUCAAAAUAGAAGUUCGCUGCAACAUCACCAUCAAGGGGAAAUAUACAGCAGUAGGAAGAUUGUUGUUAUUCCCUAUUAACGGCGAGGGUGACUCUAAGAUUAAAAUAGUGAACUCUGUAAUCAAGCUGAACAUUCACACCAAAUAUUACAAAGAUUCAAAUGGCCGUGAUCAUUUUGGCAUCAAAAACUAUAAAUUCAGCUUUGAUUAUGGCGAAAGGAUACAUUACACCAUUACGAAUCUUUUCAAAGGAAACCCAGAAUUGAGUAAUACGGUACUCCAAUUCCUGAACGAAAACUGGCGGGUGGUCACGGAAGAAUUCGGCCAGCCGGUCGUGGAUUACGCCUUGAACGUAACAGUAAAUACGGCAAAGAAAUUCUUCGACGCCGUUCCUUACGACGAGCUAUUGAACGUGCCUAUCCCAAAAUAUUAGUUGUGAUAUUCAUAAAUAGAAGGCUGAAUAUUUUGUAACGAUUUUGCAUUAUUUUUGGGGCUUACUUAAUCAUAAUAAUUUUAGUAUACUUUUAAGUGUAAAUACUAAGCUUUAAGCGGGCGUGAAGUGAAGCAUAGGCUAGGAGAGAAUGCGAUGGCAACUAGACGCGAUCACCAUGAACGUUUUCCAUCCCACCUAUUAAAUAAUAAUGAUACAGAUGAAUUUCUAAAGCCUUAAUUAGUGUCGUUUUGUAUUGUCAUUAGCGGGGACCUUUUAUGAGUACGCACGGAUAGGUACCACGCUACCUAUUUUUGCCGUGAAGCAGUAAUGCGUUUCGGCUUGAAGGGUGGGCCAGCCGUUGUAACUAUACUGAGACCUUAGAACUUAGAUCUCAAGGUGGGUGGCGCAUUUACGUUGUAGAUCUCUAUGGGCUCCGGUAACCACUUAACAUCAGGUGAUCUGUGAGCUCGUCCACCCAUCUAUGGAAUUUAAAAAAAAAACAUUCCCAAGUACGUGUUUUAAUAGAAAAGUGUUACCAGCUUGUGGGAUUCGAAGAUCGGCACAGUCGCAGCGCUCAAUGCACCGGGCGUCUUAUCCUUUAGGCCAAGUCGACUUCAUCUCACGAAUCUGUCAUGACCCAGACCACAUUUGGUUUGAUGUAAACUACACAAUUUAUUGAAAAAGGAAAAUCAUAUUAUAGUUCUAUUGGUGAAAGAGUAAAAAAUAUCAUUUAAAAAAUAAUCGAAAUUAGCUCGAACAGAAAAGUAAUUAUUGUUGCUGAGAACGCAAUCACGUUGUUAUGCCCAUUAAAUCCGGUAACUAAGAAGAAUGUAUGUGUAUAUAUUUCCUUACCAAACCGAAAGAAGUAAGCUCAAUACUCAGAACUCGAGAAGACAUUAAGAGUAAACCAUAACGUGAUAAUUACCAAUCCAUCUACGGCUAUGUGACUGAAAAUUCGGUUUCAAACAUCAAAAUGUAUUUUCAUAAUAUUAUACUAGUGUUACAAAUAAACUUUAAUAAAUUAGCAAGUCAAAUCGAUCCCAUUUCAAAAAUAAAAACAAUUUAAUUAAAUUACUCUUCACAUAAUUAGGGACUAACAAUAAAAUAUUUUAUAAUUACCA